AAUUUGUCACUGGGGAUACCCGGUGCCACUGCAACUCCUUUUGGCAAGUUUCGACGAAAUCUACCGCAGAUCACGCGGGAUGGCUCCUUCAGGCGACAAAAGGUGAGUCAAGCCGACCAGGCAUACUGCAGCAUACAUAAGGGGGUCCUUCCCCAGCUUAUGUCCUGAUUGUCAAGACACCAUGCCCAGCAUAUUACAACACAAAUAUGUCCUCAUCUUCGCUGCCUAUGCCUCGCUGGGUAGUCUGCUCUACGGCUACGACGGCACGUAUUUCAGUGGCGUGGUCGCUAUGAAAACGUUCAUCAACGACUUUGGUACAGAAAAUGCCGCUGGUGUCCGAGAGAUUACACCAGCUGCUCUCUCACUCAUGACUUCACUCGUCUAUGUGGGUGAGCUGAUAGGCUCUUUCGUGUAUCCUGUCAUUUGUGACAAGCUUCGUGGUGGACGCAAAGGCGCUAUUGCCGCUGCUAUGCUGGCAGUUCUUGCAGGUGCAAGUGUGCAAGUCGCUGCUUCAGGUCAACAAGGUGUCAUCAUCGCUGGUCGUAUCAUUCUCGGCGUUGGUGUUGGUCUUGUCUCCAAUGCCGUACCACAGUACCUAUCAGAGAUUGCUCCUAAGGAGAUUCGUGGUGUCGUGGUGGGUAGCUGGCAAUUCACACUAGCCUUUGCUCAAAUCAUUGGCGCUUGUGUCUGCCAGGGCACAAAGGACAUUUCCAGCACAGCAUCUUACCGCAUCCCGAUGGGCUUGCAGAUGAUCAUUCCCGUGGUCGUUUAUGCACUUUACGCUUGGAUUCCAGAAUCCCCUCGCUGGCUUGUUUCCGUCGGUCGCACUGAUAAGGCUGGUGCAGCGUUGAGAACAUUACACAAGGAGAAGUUGGCUCAUGGUUACGAUGAACAAGAAGAACUGUCCCUACUGAAGCAAGACAAGGAAUUGGACGAUCUCUCGAAGGAAUCAUCCUGGCGCAGUCUCUUUGGUAGUCCAGUCGAGCGUCGAAAGCUCUUCCUUGCUGUCGGCAUCCUCGCUGCUCAGCAGUUGACUGGAGUUCAGUUCUUCUUCUCCUACUUCACGGUAUUCUUGCAAAAGAUUGGUUCCGUCGAACACCCUUUCCUUUGGACCAUCAUCUUGGACAUUUUUGAGCUGAUCGGGGUGGUCGGUUCAUUCUUCUUGAUCAAUCGUUUCGGUCGUCGUCCUCUGCUCAUCUGGACAUCUGUCAUCAUGAUUGUCUGCCUCGUUGUUUCUGGUGGUCUGGCUACUGCUGCAGAUGAAGUGCUUCCACGCGGUCGAGGCAUUGGCAUCAUUGUCGCAUCACUCAUUUACGUCUUGGCAUUCAACCUGGCCUUUGGACCUCUGGCUUGGGUAGUUGCCUCUGAGCUGACACCUGGACCGAACCGCGCCAGAACCUUCAGUCUUGGUACAGCAACUUUCUGGAUUGUCGCCUGGGCAGUGACAUUCACGCAGCCUUACCUCUUUACAGAUGCAAAUUUGGGCGGUCGAGUGGCCUUUGUCUAUGCCGGUGGAUGUCUCUGUUCUCUUGCCUUUGUCUACUUUUGCAUCCCAGAGACACUAGGGCGUAGUUUGGAGGAGAUUAGCGAGAUGUUCGAUGCCCGUUUGCCCCUGAAAGAGUGGCCUGCUUGGCAGUCAUCCAGGGCGUCGUCUGAAGUGGGCAAGCUCGAGAGGGAUUCGACUUCUGUGGAUGAGGAAAGCCAGCAGAUGCCCAAGAACGUGGCUCCUACAUCUGGACACCUUGAACAGGUAUGAGUGGACUGUAUAGAGUAGCCAAGCAUGUAGUUUAUGACUGUCUUUUUGCCCUGCGUAUGAUGUCAAUAUCACGUGCCCUUUUCUUCGUCACUUGCGCGGAACUCAGAGAGACAACUGAGAGAAGCAAGUACAAAACAUAUAGCAAAGAAGUCAUGUCUGUGCCCGCGUCAAGCCAGCCGAAGCCUUACGAUUCAGUCGAGAGGAACCUCAGCAACAUGGCCCUCUCCGAUGCAAAUAUGGCGUCUUCUGCUGUAGACCCAACCAGGCCUACACGACCUGAAAUCCCAGCAGCAUUCAAGAAAUUCUCGCUGGAGGGCAAGGUCGCCGUCAUUACAGGAGGUGCCCGUGGUCUUGGGUUUUCAAUGGCUCAGGCCAUCUCUUCAUGCAAUCUGGCAGGGAUUGCCAUUCUGGAUGUGCUGC